AUGGAACAAUAUGUUUCUAAAUUACACCCUUUUGUGGAUUAUGGGGCAGGAAUUUUUUUGAUUAUAAUAGGUGAGUAAAUCUACUUCUUUAUGUCCAUGCUAUUACAUUUAACAAUAGAUGUACAUAUUAAUACAGGUGCAAGAGUCCCUGUUACGCUGUUGGUAGGUAGACUGCACUGACAGUAAAUGUGUAAAUGAUUUAAUAUUAAUAGAAAAUGUAUCGAUUUAAAUAUUGUAAAUUGUAGUAAACCAUUUCUUCACUUUUUGGUUAAUUGUUUGAAGAUGAGAUUUGGACGAGGCAUGUUGGAAAGUAAUUUAUUAAAAUUAUAGGAUACAAUUUCAAAUUCAAAGCGUGCAAGACCAACAUAGUCUUAUUCAUUAAGGGGACAUUUAAUUUGCAUCUCAGAAAAUGGUUUAUUGAUCUGAACAUUUACUGUUGUUGAUAAACCAAUAAAUACACGUUCUUGACACUUGAAGAUGCUUCUUAUUGCAGAAAGUAAAUACAUUUUAAAUAUGAUAGAUUGCUUUGUGAAAUUCGAUUUUCUGUACAUUCUUCAGCUGAAAACUGCAAAGACGACUGUAUUUCCAAAACUGGGGAUGGGUGAAAUGUUUUCAAGGGAAUAGCACAUUUUAAACCACAAAAAGCCAUUUUGUAAAUAUAGUUGGACUGUAAAAAAAAAAAAAUUAAAAACAGCUGGAGAAUUUGUUGGCCGACAAUUUGCAAUUUUCUCAGUUAACUGAACAAACCUUGAUGUGUAAUUAUGAUGGUCACUUCAACCCAAAACAUAUUUUUUUUCAUAAAACACUUGAUUUGGCUUGAGUAACCUAUCCUAGUAACAAUUUCUGAGGCGGUCCCCCUUUUUAAAAAAACAACUAUUUUUAAUUAAAUAAAAAAUGAAUGCCGAGAUUAAGUUCACCCGGAAGCAGGGCCAGACUGGAAAUGCAAAGCAGCCCUGGAAAAAAAUGUAUGCCAUCCCUAUUAGUCAUUGUGCCAUAGUAGUGUUUGUGUGUGUGUGGAUGGGCAUACAUUAUUUUUACAUAGAUUAUAUAUAAAUUUAUGUCUAUGAAUUACUCAAUCUGGGGUAGCAACACUUAGCCAUAUUUUAAAUGUUAUAAAGUGAUAUUUAACAUUAUCACGGAAGUGUAUAUAUAAAUAUACACUUUUAUUAUUGGUAUGUUCCUUUUUAAUUCAAAAUAUUGGUCCUUUUAGGGUAAAAAAAAUAAUUAUACAAUAAGCAUUAGUAUAGUAAAGUAUUUUAUAUAUAUAAUAUAUAUAUUUUUUUCAGUUUAAUUGAUAUAGUUGGUGAUAAAAAAACCUGAGCAAAUACGACGUACACUCCAAGAUAAAAUCUUUUCUGCUUGGACUGGAAAUUAUAUGCUUGUUGCAGUAGUUAUGGUUACUAGCAGUUACAUAUUAAUGAAAAACUCAGGAUAUUUGCUCAUAGCAAAAUGUACUAAUUAAGAAAAAAGAGAAAAACAAAGAGAAUAGAGAACAAAGAAAUACAUUGAAAACGAAAAGUACAAAUUUGAAAAAGCAAAACGUAACCUGUUUAAAGUAGUACUGUCAUUGUUUGUUGACUUUGCCAAAUUGGCAAAGUCCCCCAACAGUAACAUCGACAUCUGGUGGCCAAAGACUAGCAGGUAAAGGUGAGAUUAUUUACCUGAUCCUUUCCCUUGUGGAAUGCCAUCAUCUUGGUCCUGUGUGGUCCUCCUAGGCACUGACAACAUUGCUGUACUCUUGCGCUUGUGCAAGAGUACAGCAUUGAGGUUUAAGGCAGUCUCGGACACAACCAAUUCUCUGCAGCCGUCAGUGGCGUCUGCAGGGAUUGUCACUUUAACAAAUCCUUGUGUCAAGAAAAGUCAAGCAGAGGAGAAAUACUGAGACAAAGAACUCGGCCGUCCAAAAAACUAUUUUUUUGCAUUUUUUUAUUAAAACGUGACCAUUACUUAAUUUUCUUUUUCAAACAGUUUUCCCAACAUCUGUUGGUUCAAUUCCACUUAAAAACAGUGAAUGUCUGUGCCUCUUGGUCAGUGACUGCACAAUAUAGUAGUAUUCAUGUCUUGGACUACAAUAAAGCAAACCCUAUGCAGCCUUGGAGACCUGUCCACAAAAGCAGGGAAGCAGGGCCUGCCAUAGUGGUCUGACGUUCUACAACAACUUUCUGCCAGUAAUGUUGCUCCUGCUUCAUUUGAGAGUUAAAGGAGCCUACUGAAAUAAAUCUCACUCUGUCCGACCUGUUAUAAUAAUUUUUUCCUGACAUUUCUGAGGUCUGGAAUGAUGCCUUAAAGGAACACUAUACUGCCCAAAGACAAAUAAAAAAAAGCUAAAAUUCUCUAUUUAGUAGAUAUACCGCCAAUGAAAACAUGGGGUUAUUCUAAAACAGCUUGCAACCUUUGUAAGCCCUCCAGUUCUAUCCCAGCCCAGACUUUCUGUGGCUGUCCAAUCACAGACUUCCCAUUGCAGCUCAACGAGAAGUCUUUGCAAGGCAGGUGCUCUGGGCAAUUGCUGCCUCUUGAGUUUAAAGGGACACUACAGUCACCAGCUAAUGUAGUUGUUCUGGUAAUUACAAUCAUUCAUUCGGAGAAAAGGCAGUGUUUACAUUGCCCCCUAGGGACACCUCCAGUGGCCACUCCUCAGAUGGCACACUGUGCAGCACUGCCAGUCAUCGUCUCCACGCUCUGCGCGGAGAGGCUGAAUUUUCCUCAUAGGGAUCAAUACAUCUCAAUCAGGAGGUGCUGAUUGGCCAAAAAAACAACAACUAAAUUCUGAUGAUGUCAUAAAGGAGGGGGUGGGGGCAGGGCCAGCACCAAAUGAUCUGCACGGCGCUGGAAAUAAGUUGAGUUUUAACCUUUUCUAAGGAGGUUGGGGAGGAGGGUAGGGGGAGGGCAAGCCACCUAAAUGGUGGUUUUAACACUAUAGGAUUAGGAAUACAUAUUUUUGUACCUGACCCUAUAGUGUUUCUUUAACUCCACUAAGCUGUGCAAACAAGGAAGUAUCAGGAACUGUUGUCUGAUUAAAAGUCAGGAGUUGUAACAAGGUGAAUUUAUAAAAGUGUCAAUUUCUAUUGAAAUCUCAACUUUUUGUAAAAUAAUAAAAAGAGGACACACUCUUCACACAUACAGCCCUUCAGCAAGCUGAGUCUGUGGUGCUCCUUUAAGCCCAGGCCUAAAUUUCAGUAAUUUGAUCACCAUAGGUCAACAUUCAAAAAACAACUUACAACAAUAUUUUGUUGUAGUUCUGGUAUCAUAAGCUCUUUUAUUACAGCAUACUACCAUUUUUUUUUGACAACUAAACCUGCUUAGCAGUAGAGAUGCAUGUAUUUUCUAAUAUGAUGUUGCACUUACCAGCAUGAUGUUACUUUUGAGAUUGAGUCUGGAAAAUAUCAGAGAGGUAAAGAGAUCGUAAUCACAAUUUCCUCACUGCCAUGAAACCAUGCAGAAGAUGGAGUUAAGAUACCACAAAUCUAGUAGAGUGUUAUUACCAGUUGAAAAUGGCCACCAUGGAGCCUUCCCCAGGAAAUGCACAAAUUGAAAUUUGACCAAAUUAUCUCAGAUAGUUAUUAAACUAUAUUGGGUAUGAAAUUCUAUUAUUUUAGGAGAAAUAUUUUCGUUCUAUACAGGUUUAUAGGGAUUAGCCAACAGAAUAUAUAAAAAGGGCUAAAUUAUGGAUCGAAAUUGACUUAAAGCAGAAACCAGCUAUUGUCCUACGGGACGUAUUAGUGAAGAGUUAUCAGAAAGCUAAAUGUUCAAGGUACUUUAUUUUUAAGGAUGUCAGAUGGAAUUGGAGAAGACUAUGCAAUUCAUUCCUUGGACCUAGAUGCACCAUGGAUUGUAAAACUAAACUCAUAAAUUGAUUGCAUGGGAAUAUUUAGAGUGUAAAUAUUUACCAAUGGGAAAUGUGGCUUUCACUAGUCAGAAACAGGUCUCUCUGGAAAGAAAUAAAGUAAACUGUUGUGUUGAUGGCACAGUGAUUGUUUUGGAAAUGCAUACUUAUUUCUGGAUUCAAUUGUUACAAGAGCAUUAUCUUCAGGUUUUUUUUUUUUUUCAUUUUGACAAGAGAAUUAUAGCCACGUGAGGAGUCUGUAACCAUAGACAAUGGCCAUGUUAGUUGUCCAUUUGCACUUAGGGUUCAUUAUCAUUUUGUGAUGUUUAUUCUAGAAGUUUUGGUCUGCUCAGUUAAUUCUUUAUCUGGUUGCAUUGAUUUUCACUUUGUGUCAAUAACUCCAAUGCAAAACUAUUUGCUCAAUCAGAGGGAACUGACUUGGCAAACCUCACUAGAAGUCACAAAGUGACAAGAAAAGGCAGAAUAAUAUCAUAUUAUUAGGCCUUAGUGGUUGUACUUAUCAUGGCAGCUAAAAUAAGGUUAAAUAUCAAACCUGCAAGUGGGUAGAAAAAUCAAGGAACGUGCUGAAGGUAGGGCAUAUAGUUCAGAUAAGUGAAAGGACAAGAUGAGCCAAAGGAGUCAAGCAGGGUUGAUAGCACUCAAUACAAGAUAAUGCACUAGAAUGUUUGCAAGAAACCAAAAUAGGUAGCAUGGAGUGUGUUUGCGAUGUUUGAUUAGGUAGUCACAUAAUGUGCAUGCUUGAUGGUGCUGGGGCAAUAGAACAUGGAUUUGGCUGGUUCAGGCCAUUGCUUACUACACCCUAUAUGGUGGCCCAAAUCCUGUAUGUAGCGGACCUCCGCUAAUUCCUUCCUUCAGCCACUCUGGAACAAUCAAAUUAAACAGACCUCCAUUUCCCCCAGUAAAUGGAUGAGACACAGCUCUGGGAGUACAACAUGAUUUCAUUGUGCGACUCGGCUUUUAUGCAUAACCCCCUGCAAGGGGUCUUCUACACAAGCAGACAGGGGUUCCCAUCCAAGGAUCCUCUGUACCUAGGAGCUAAGGUGCGGGCAAAGGGCCCCAGUCUGUUGUCUCCCAGGUACAGAAAGCCCACUCCACAUUCAAGGGGGUCUUCCACGCCAAACGGCAGGGGUCUUCAUCCCAGAAGCCUCUGUACCAGGGAGCCCGGGCCUCGGAAAGGGGACCAAGUCUCUUUGUCUCCCAGGCACUGAAGGCCUGCCAAAAUAGCCAGUGCCCCCAAAGUGUCCCCACCACCCUUAGGAAACCCCACACAGUACAUUCCAUGAUUGGUCUCCGAUUGUGAGGCUAUUGUGUGAACAACAGGCAAGUGAAGCGUCUUCUUUCGAGAUACGAAUGCUCCCCCUGGUUGGCGUUUGUCUAUAUAAAAUAGUGGCCACCCAGGGGAGCACUCAAUUACUUCCCUUGCGGUUUCACAAUUAUGUUACUGGUGUAAACGUUCUAAUUAAUUGGGGUGAAAAUUCUAAUGGGGCAACGGGGUGGUCCCUGUUUGAGGGGCGAAUGGGUACUGUACGUAUGGACGCCCCCGAACGGUAAAACAAGGCACAGCACACAAAAUACAAGGGGAAACACACAAUACAAGUGUAAAACAGAUAACUAAUCAGUGGUUCUGUCACACUGUACCUCCGCCAUACCAAUGUGACACUUGUCUGGUUUCAAGGUUAGGCCGGCUCCCCUAAUCCUGUCGAGUACGGUCCCUACAUGCUCUAAGUGUACCUCCGAGGUGUUGCUGUAGAUUCACGUUGAUAAUACCUUGUUAUUGGAAGUCUACUACUUUACCAUCAAUUAAGGAAGCACUGAUUUUAGUGCUCGAUAACAAAAGGUAUGAACUGGCGUUGUGGCAACCCUCACCUCAAAAAAAUAAUUUGCAGUUUCCCUGGGACUCCUGGAACAAUGAUUCUCCUGUAGACAAUUCCACACACCCUGUUACAUAUUGAUAUACACUAUAUUUAGACAUACAAUUGAUUAUAUUACUCUCUGUAUUAUAUUUUGACAGGAACAAAUCCACUAUUUUAUUAUUAUACAUUUGGAUAGCACCUGUCCCCUCCCUUUUUUUUAUUUAUUUCUUUUUGAUCAUAAUUUUUUUCACCUUCCCUUCUUAUUUCUACUUGUUUCCAUUGUUAAAUGUUUAUUCUUUAUCUACCAAAUUAAUGUGAAAUAUGUUUUUUAAAAUACUGUUCAAUAACAAUAGUUUGAAAAAAACAUGGACUUGGUAAAUGAUGUGAAUUACUAAACCUAAAAAAAGCCAAAGGUAGGAGGGGUAGCAUUUAGUAUCAAUCAUUAUGCCAGGAGGUGUCGUUCCUGCAGUGUGUAGCAGCUUGAAGGAUGGACCAGGCCUUUACUGCAGGUUGUGGAAAUGGUAGACAUCUGUAUAGACCUUUGCAUUUUAGGACUUCCUGAGUAUUGUUGGACCUACUCUUCAUGUUAUGUUUCAAAUUGCUUUUUUAUUUACUGAUGACUUCAGAUUGUGUGUCCAGCCUUAAAGCCAGAUGUAGGUGACAUCACAAUCACACAGCAGGGAGAGUCCAGAGGUUGAGCAGACCGGCAGUGGCCUUUCCAUGUGUGACAGGUGUUGUAGCUUGUAGUGUAGGACUUGUAAUUUUGAACUCUGCCUUAAGGUUUCUUAUUUUCUCUGAAACUGCUAAAAAUUGUUUGCAGAUUAGAUGAGGUUUUCCUCAGACAUGACUGGUUAAAGUAAGCAUAGUAGGUGUUUUAAACUAUUACAGGGGGAAGUCUGUCUAAUGCUGAUGUUCUAACUUAUUUUAUCUUGUUCCUGCCCAUCUCUCCAAGAAUUAUUGAUGUUGAUGGUUAUUGAUGUGAUAUGGUGCUGGAAGAGUUUGAAAGUCUGGCUUGUAGUUAUAUGCUGAUUGAUUGCUGAUUACUCAAUCUGUCCUCUGUAGGCCCUUGUGUUUAACUGGUUAGCCUGAGGUUUCCCUUUAGUCUUAACAUUAUUUUGGCUCAGAGAUUGAUGGCAUUACAGAUUUGACAAUCCCACAACUCCCUGACUUAAUGCAUGUCAGUUUUUGGCUGUCAAGGAUGCCCAAACAAAAAGGGAGGUACAGAGUGCAGAAAGCUAUUGGCCAUAAUGACUUGUGUGGUUGGUGGCCACACUAGGUAAUGACCCUAGACUAUCAUCGGUAGACUAUCAUCACUAGUAAGCUGGCAGAGGGGGUUCUUUGCCUGGUAGAAGUCCCAAAAAACAUAAAGUUAAUGGAGGUUCGAGUAAGCCUUUAUGUGUUUUAUGGGUAAAGAGUGUUCCUUUACCAUACAGCCAGCCCAGAUUCAGUAUUCCUGUGUCCUUUCUGGUCCAAUUACAGUGAUCAUUCAGUGGUUCUUAUUAAAACAGCCUUUUACAUCAUGUUUAACAGAGGGGAUAUUUUUAAUUGAAUGCAGUCUUAAAAUAUACAUUGGGCUAGGCUUUGAAAAUUGUAGUGAAGUUGAAAAUAAUGCCAAUUGAGGCACAUUUUUACAUAAGUAGAGUUGUUGGCAUCUAACCAACAAAUCCGCUUAUUGGAGACAGUCAAGGCAGGGGGUGCAGUCAGUCUAAUUAUUUCAGAAAUAUUUAUUUGAAAGGAACUGUGGGAGAGAGGAUUGACAACUGUGUGCAAUUCCCAUACAUGUUUUAUACAUAGAUAUGUAUUUAUUUAUUAUAGGUUUAUAAGUCACGAUGAAUACAUUGCAAUUAAUCUCUUAUUCUAGCAUGCAAAGGGGGAGAACAAAUGACAGAACACAACAUUACACAUUUCAGAUAUAUGCAAAAUCAAUCAUUAGCAGUUAUUAGUACAGAUGUGGUUAUUAGUACAGUCUGAGCUUUCCUUAGAAUUUGAGCUGGUGGAACAUUUGAUGUUUUCUGGAGCAGGAGUCGGACCUGAAGUUGCAGGAACUAUGAUAAACUGGGGUGUGAAUGUUGAUCACAUGUGCUAUAACGGGUGUAAUAGAAGGUAGUGUGCAUUCUGUUUACGUGUUGGGUGCAUAUAAAGCUAGCCAGAACAAUAAAGGGUGUCACCUAAUUUUAGCAUUUGUGAGUUUUGUUCUUUUUCCGUAUCACAAUGAUAGUUGUUGUUAUGUCAUUGCAGUGUAAAGCAGUACACAACAAUAUGCAGAGUGUAAGUAGUAGCAGUCAGAUUCAUUGAAAUGGAUUUAUGGUACAUAUUCACUCAUUACACCCCUCUUCUUUAUUAAUCUUCUUUCUUUAUCUAAUAUAUUCCAGUGGCAUAGAAGGAAGUAUUUUGAUUCUAAGUAAUAUCUCUUCAUAGACAACUCAUUAGCAUGUUUGUACAAUCUUAGCCUUUCAUCCCAGGGUAUUACCACUGUAUCUGCAUCAGAACAGUUUUCUAUAAAUCAAUGUGACAGUUUUAAAAACCAAUUACGGUAGGUCUGUGUCUGCGAAAUUCUGUCAUGCCCACUCAUAUUGCUAUACGUUUUGUGUCUCAGGGUAGAUUGUAGAAUUACACGCAUGCAUGUGUGCAUUUCAAUUUCUGCAAACUAUAGCGAGAUAUUUCCUAAAUAGGAGCACAUAAAGCACCCAUGACGUGAUACUUGAGUCACAAAUUUGAUUUCUGUCUAUAGUUUCCUGCAAAUAUAUUUCUACCGUAUUAUAACUUAUUAAUUCACUUUAAGCCUAUUCUUAUUCAGAAUAGACGGACUUGAACUUUUUUUCUACCAUUUUUUUUUUUUUCAAUUUACAAAAAGAAAAAACAAUUUCAGCUUGUUUUUCCUUUUUUGUCUCCUUGGAAUUAUUCAAUAAAUAUACUGAUUUAUAUUUAUUAUAUGAAAAAAUUAAUUAAAGUAACCUAUAACAAAGCAAUUUUUUAUACAUACUUAAAAUUCUGUAAAUUAAUAUUGCACAGCGCACUGUAAAAUAUACCGGUUUAAUAUCUGGAUCCAAUUUAGCUACAUUCUAACUUCCCUUAUACACGAUUCAUUUACUAUAUUGCCUUCUUUACAGGAAUUAAAAAGUACGUGAAACGUUAUAUAUACUAGAUCACCACUGUUCACCUGCGAUCAUUUUUCUUCCAGCUAUUUUGACUAUCGUGGGGAAUUUAGCUGUCCUGAUUACUGCAGUGAAAUGUUCUUCCCAACUCAAGUCUCCAGACUUCCUUUCUAUAAAUUUAGCAGUAACCGAUUUCGGCAUGGCUAUCACAAUGUACCCUUUGGCUAUUGCCUCAGCCUGGAACCAUCAGUGGUUUGGAGGAGAUGCGUCCUGUCUUUAUUACGCCUUGAUGGGGUUCUUCUUUGGCGUGGCCAGCAUGAUGACGCUUACUGCAAUGGCCGUGAUUCGGUAUUUUGUUACCAGUUCAUCAACAUACAACCGUAAGCAAUAAUUUAUUGUAUUUUUUUUUUUUUCUAGUAGGAUUUUGGAAUAUUUACUCAACAACCAGUGACCAGUUAAUAUUCAUCUUGUAAAAAGUAAACUAUAAUAAUUGUUUACUAAAAAUAUAUAUGUAUAUAUUUUCCUUUUCACAUGUUUGGAAUAAAUUUUACAGUUCAACUCUUUGUUAGCAAAAACCUUAAUGGGAAAAUAACCCGGAAACAUGGUGGCAUGGUAGCAGUUUAGAUGCACACAACAGUGGUUAUUAGUCCCACUCUGUGGUCACUGAAUGUAAGCUCAAGUGCCAAUGUCAAGCAGCUGCACUGACAAUGUGCCUUGCUGCUCUGAGCUCAAAGCUGAAACUCCUAAUGAGACAUAAGUGGCAUUCAUAUGAGACUACACAACCAAUUAACCCUAAACAGGGUACAUAUGGGAGUAGACUGCAGAACUGGAACACAAAUAAGCAGUUAAAACAUUUAUAUUAGCCCUGUGCUCAUUUUUCUCCUUUUUCCUUAUUUGUUGCAAAAUUGGAAGCACUUCAAACUCUUCUUUUGAAACAACAGCAAAACAGAUUUGAGAAAGGCUGAACUUGAUGUACACAUUUCUCUUUUCAGCUAUGUAACUAUGUAAUAUAUAGGGGUUUAGAAUAGUGGGCAGGUAACGUUUUGUUUUUUAGAAAUUGGGGCUGGAUCCUAUAGCCUAUACAGUUCUCCAAACUUGCUGGUAGUUAUAGCGCAAGCGGUAAUAUAUACAGGGUUUUUUUUUUCUUCAUUUUUUAUUUAGUCAUAGAUAGCAGGUGUCAUAAUAACAGGGAUAUCGGCAAUGACAUCUAUGUUUUUAAUUGAUUUUGUCAUAAUAUUUUUUUGCACAUUGGUCCUCUAAGGAUAUUUUUCAUUGCUGGUCCUGUUAUUACUUAUCACGUGUGCCAGUGCUUGCCCUCACUCUUCUUUCUCCUCGUCGCAUCCUAAUGGAGCAAUCAUCUCAUAUCUGCUUUUUCCUGUGACAAUAUAAGUUGCUGCCAUGGGCACCGUUGUCACUAGCAGACAGUAAAGGAACAUUAUUAAUGAUUCAUUAACAUUGCAUCACUGCUGAAAUAAACUGCACAAAACAAGCCCUGGGAGCUAUGUUUGUAGGGUAUCACAUUGUUUUUUGUUGUUGGUAAUAACAUCUAUCAUUUUUAAAACUUGAAUGAUUAGUGAACAUGACUGCUGUAAUAAUUAGCGAGUAUAAUGGGCCUCUGUUCUUUAACAAAUUACUGUUAACAUAGCUUGCACCAUUAGAAGGCGACAACUUAAUUACUAUAAUUAAAAAGAAUAAACUUCCUUAGACAAAGAUAAUUCUUAGUGUCAGGUAUUUGCAGAUGAUAUUUCAACCUAACAAUAAUAAUAAUUGAGUUUAACCCCUUAAGGACACAACUGGAAUAAAAGGGAAUCAUGACGGAAUAUUUCCGUCAUGUGUCCUUAAGGGGUUAAUGAAUCUAAUAUGUAUUUUUUUGUAUUGCAAUAAUUAAAUACUACACAUUAUAUGGUUAAGAAAUUCAAUAUUGUUAUAUUUUACAGUGAUAUUUUUGUUGCCAUCAUAAUGUGUAUUCAUCCGUCCAUCCACUCAAGUUGGAUUACAGAGGUCGUUUAGGUAGAAGUUAACUGAAGACUACAUUUUGUGGUGUAUAACCUUAAUUAGCAUCGUCCCAAAUAUUCUAUAGAUGGCAGUCAGUAGAUCAUUGGGCUGACUUACCUUAUAUUUCUGAAAUGUAGGACUUACAGAAACGUCAGAUUGUCAAUGAAUUUAUAUAGGUGCUAUUUAUGUAGCUGGCCAGUUGACCUGGAGUGCGGUUCUGUUUAUUGAACAGAUAACAUAGCAAGAUAAUAUAGAGUGGAAAUAACCAAAAAGGAAAAAUAAGGUAAAUUAAUGUUACUGCCUGGUCUAUGAGAGUAAUGAAUCCUAAGUUCUAAGUCUCUAUGACUUGAGAACAAGAUCUAUAAGUGGUCUGCUCCCUCCAACAUGGUGACUGCCAUGAUGCCAUGGCCAGGAAGGAGGACUUCCAAACUCAAACUGCCCCUUGUUCUUAACUAUUAUAGACUAUUACUUUCCAGAAUUAGAAGCCCAAGUAGAACCCUUUCUGUGUGGAGCUGUGGUCUACCAAUAGUGAACGUUGCCUGUACCUACCACGUCCGCAGGGGGAUCUGUAAUAGUUGCACAGGAUUUAAGUUGUUUGUAUAUUGAAAUAAUGUGGGGAUAAGUCCUCCUUUUAUCAUGUCAAAUAAUUUUUCUCAAGUCAAAAUAAGCAGAAGGCUAAAGACUGAACUGUAAUACAGAAAGCAGACAGAAUGAAAGGGGGACAGAUUUUACGGCAUAUAAUUGUUCGUUAUCUAGUCUGUACUACAACAUACAUGGAAUAAGAUAUCAUAUCCCUACAUCCACUCUGUCUAAUACAUUGGUUAAGAAGGUUGCAAGCCCAAUGCUCUAGUUACUAGUGCAAACCUGAAACCUUGUUGUGAUUGUCUAUAUAAGCACUCCUUUCGAUACUUUACUGUAUUCAAGCAUUGUUGGGAAAAGAGCAUGACUGUAACAUUUUAAAUUAUAUAAAAAGGUAUUAUAUAGGCAAAUAUUACAUUUCUGUUUGUAUGAAAAUGUUCUGCAUCCUAAAAAGAGAUUUUUUUUUCCUUUUUCUUUUUAGGUAACACUGUUAAAAAGAAAGUUAUAUAUAUUGUAAUAACCUGCAUAUGGCUGUACGCCUUACUCUGGGCUAUAUUUCCAUUGCUUGGCUGGGGACGUUAUGGUCCGGAACCUUUUGGUAUAUCAUGUACCAUAGCUUGGGCUGACUUCCAGAACUCAUCCAAUGGAUCUUCGUUCAUCAUCAGCAUGUUUACACUGUGUACAUUAACCCCGGCCAUAACCAUCAUUGCAUGCUACAGCAGGAUAGCAUGGAAACUCCAUAAAACUUAUCAAGCAAUACAAAAUUAUGAUAAAAUACCAAAUGCUGCAAAACUGGAGAGAAAACUCACACUGGUAAGUAUAUGAUAAUGUUAUUUCCGUAUGUUGAAAUAGAGCAUUAUUCUCUCUAUAUAAAUAGCCUUUUGACAUCCACCCACUGCUUGUUGGACUUAUUCACAACGUUAGCUUCAAGGCCCAAAGCAAGAAAACUGAUUCACAUAAAACUUUUUUUAUUUUUUCACUUCAAAUACGAUAUCUAAUAGAUAGUGCUAAGCUGGAAAGCUGCAUGAGAUGGGGCGUCAGUGAAACAUCAUUCUGAAUCUUUAAAUGGAUCUAAAUGCAUAUUUUUGCAUAGGUCACAUGUACCUUUUCUCCAAUCAGUUGUCUCUCUAUCUUGCUGCAUCUAUGGGACAAAAUACAACUGUACCUAUCCUGUAAACUGCAACUGUUGGGGUUUGUUUUGUUUUUUUGGACACAGAUUCUCAUAUGAUUAGCUGGUAGAACAAAAUGUUUGCAAUAUUUCCUGAAUGCAUCUUGGAACACAGACAUUGUUUUAUGGAAUGAUCAUGAACCUUGUAUGGUAAAUCCUGAUUAUGCAUGUGAAUGGGCAGGAAGUAGAUGCGAGGAUAUAACAUCUUUUGAUCAAGUUAAUUUUGGGAUGAAAUUCUAAAAUCUCAACAAUAAUUGAAACCAAUACAACGGCCGUCCUGCUUGAUGCACAAUAAGCAACUUGGAGCAGAAAUGCUAAUUAAAUAUAUGUUUUUGUUUCCCUGUGCUAGAAGUCAUAUGGAAACCUAUCAUAUAAUUAUAAUUAUAACAUCAUCACUAAUCUACGAAACAUAAUUUUUGAUCCAUAGAGUUAGCAGUAUGUUGAUGACACGUCCUCCUGUAAUCAUACUGUAAUUUAGACCUAUUUAACAAAGUUGUUAAAAUAAUGGAAAGCUCUCCUGUGAAGAUGUUGUGUUGAAAUAAUUUGUCAGAAAAGCAAAUACAUUAUUCCUUAUUUCAAAUAAAUGAUUACGCAAACCUCAUGCUUUUUGCUGUCACAUAGAGAAUGUCAGCGGGUAUGACAUUAUAUUGAUAAUUCCAUAUUAUAAUUCAUCCAGUGCUGGGAAUUAGCAGCAUGCUCUCAUGACCCUUUCAAAGCGUGCACACUAAUGUUUCUGCACAUACGAAUUCACUGUGUGGGUAGAAUGCUUAACAACUACAAACAAUGCACCAAACAGAGACUUGCGGUACAAUUACCUGUCUGGAUCCAGUUAUGGGAUUUGCUGUUGUUACAGAUUGGGGACCAUAAGUAUUAUUUCAGCACAUUGCAUUGGGAUUAUAAUGCAUUGAAUGCCAGUUUUCAUUUCAGAGCAUUAAACCAUAUAUCCCGUAUGAUUCACAUUUUUUAUUUAAAUUACAGGAUGAAAAGGAAUACGUUAAUUAGCUGUUCAUUCAUUUGUUGACUAGGGGUGUGUUGUUGCCUUGUUGGUUUAUACGAGAGACAACUAGUGAAAUGUCAACACCUGACUGUAGGUCUGUUCAUAUUUGAGUUUUUGUUAAGAUCUCUCAAACAACAAAGAAGUUCAUUCUAGUAAAGUCUGAGAAAAGAGCAUACAUAACCGUAAAGCUGGUCUAGAGGAAGCUACGUCAAUACAUAUCUAACCAUUUCAGAUGAAAAAUAGACACAUUCUAACAGUUUCUUUGUUUGAAGACACAAGGCAUUGUUUGCCAUUUUGCCAUUUUUUGACAUUUAUACCUUCUGACAUUUUUUGUUUCUUAGUUUCUCAAAUAUGAAUCUUAUACUCUUGAGUAUUUAUACCAACUAAAGCAACAGAAUGUCAAAGGGUAAAUAUACCAGCUUUAGCAAUGAAUGACUUAACCUUAAAGAGUAGUGUGAUAGCUCUGCUGCAUACUUGUUCAUCUUUAUUCAAAAUGUCUUAAUCCAACAGAGUUUGGGGCAUCUAAGCUCUUUGGUGUGUUAAGGUCCUGAAUUUUAAGAACCAUUGCACAUGUUUAACCUCAUCACAUGGUAGAUGGAUGUUUAUAAGGUUUGAGAAUAUAGUUAUUUAAAAUAUAUGAAACCACAAGCAAUAGUAGAUGUUUUAUAGUUGUAAAUUAAAAAAAAAAGUGUAAAAAAAAGAUGCAACCAAUAUUUAGAGGGACCAAUAUUCUAAGGACACCACAACCACUUUAUCUAAUUUAAACCUGGAAUACCCUGAUGUCAGUGUGCUUUUCAGUGUUACACCAUUUUUUAUUGGUCGUACAAUGAACGAGGGUUCAUGGACAGUGUGUCCCAUCUCUUCUGCACAAGCUGAGUCUUCCGCAGUAACCUAAGUAGAAGUGAUACACAGAAUCAUCUGGUAUGAGCGGUAAUUAUCGCUGCAUUAACUACAACCACUAGUGGAGGGGUGGAGCGACAGGAGUAUUUGGAAAAAAAUGUCCACUUCUUUUAAGUUUUGGAGCUCCAUUGUAAUUUAUGUGUUAGUUCACCAAGACUCAUUGCUUUCCGUUUAAACUCUUCUUAGUUUGUUUCAGAAAUAAACUCUAACCCACUAUGUUCUACUUUACACAUCCCUGUUUAUCUGAAAUAAAAUUGAUUUGCAAUUUGUCCUCAAAAAGUGGAAACUCUUUUAUCUUUCACCAAGAGGAUUGAGAUAAAGGGAGCAUGCCAAAAAGACUUCACACAUAUAACACACAAGGGUGAUUCCUUUUUAGGAGUUUGAUAAUAUCUGUUGAUUACUGAUUAUCUGUUGAAAUUCCCAAGGAAAUGCAACCCAGAUCUCUUUACUGCAAGGAAUAUUUUUUUUUACUGCAAUCUCUAUUCUCUGCAGACGAUACUAUGUUCUAUGUACAGAACUGUUCUUGAAAAUACUAAUUUUUUUUAUAUACUGUCUAAAACAGUGAUCAAGUUUUUCUACAGUAAGCAAAUGUAACUUUUCAGCUAUGCUUUAUAAACAAAAUCUUUCAUUCCCCUUGUUCAUUUUGUUGAUCACUUCAGCAAUUCCUCUUGUUCCAUUAAGUUCUUUUUAACAUCAAUUGAACUGCAUAAUCAAGAUGUGAUCUUAAUUAAUCUAUAGAGAGGUAAAAUCAAAAGGGUAUAAAACACUCCACAACAUUUUCGCUAAUAAUUAUUUUAAUGGAAAAGGGCUUCAAUCUAUUUGUGAAUUCCUUUUAUUUAUUUUUUUUCACUUUUUUUCUUUUAGAUGGCAGUACUUGUGAGUUCCGGUUUCCUCUUCUCGUGGGCUCCCUAUGCAGCUGUGAGCUUUUGGUCAAUGUUUCAUUCCAGCAACUACAUUCCACCGGUAUUAACCCUACUCCCCUGCCUUUUUGCCAAGUCCUCCACUGCCUUUAACCCCAUAAUCUAUUAUAUUUUCAGCAAAUCAUUCAGACAAAAAGUUAAGCAACUUAAAUGCUGUUGUGGAUGGAGGAUACAGAAUGAAAACUCAGGAGAAAACCCAGCUGUGUCUGUUAUCUGGACAGGCAGAGACCACAUCCAGAUUUCAUCUAUUUUUAAAAUAACUAGGGGGUUUCCCUCAAACGGAGUAGGACAAUGAAACCAGUUUUACAAUUAAAUCACACAGAAAUUAACACAAUGGGGCGUAUUCACUAAAACGUCUGUGAUGGUGAGCUGACCAUUGAAGUGCAACAUUGAUUUCAAAAGAAUGGACUUGGUAAUAAAUCUUCAUCAUGGGUUAGAUUGAUAUUUAUGUCCUCUUCUCUUUUGGACUAGAUUUUGUCAACCAGUGUUUAGUGAAAAACCCCACAGUACUUUUCACAUGUCCCAUACCCAACACAUUUAUUACCAAAUUAGAUGUUUCACUAGCAACUAUUGUGGACAACAAAGGAAGACACACAUAUAUUUAUAUGACAUGGAAUAUAAACUUCGGGCUAAUGGAACUGAAUUAAAUAAUUGAAUAUUGGGUACAAAGCGAAAGCAGAAAAAAACUAUUAAUAAAUAUGAGAAAUUUGGAUCAACUUGGUGUAAAAAUAAACAUUUUUGAAGAUAAUCUACUGUUUAAGAUCUGGUUAAUGUGGGUCUCACACUGUGGAUCUAAAUUACUAACAGGGUUAUUUACUAAAUUGUGAAAUGUCCAGGGAGCUUUGGCUAAAAAUUUAAAUCCCCCAAUUUAGUAAAUUACUGUGCGUGUAUGUAUGCUUAAAACCAAUGCAGUGCCCCAGAGUCCUGUAUAAAACUGGCAAUUGGAAUGAAUGCUCAUAUUUUCAGCCAAAGUCUAACAUGUUUAUCUUACAAGUACAUCUAACUGUUUGCAUUUCUGUAGUGGUUUAGAGUUAGUAUGGCAGAGCACUAUUGUCUCAGGAACACAAACAUGUAUUUUUGACAGUGGUAUAUUUAAGUCCAAGGACCCUCUCUUUGGUAAUAAGGCGAUGUUACUCACCUUUUCUUCCCCAACUCGCUCCGGCUUCAUAGCUGAGAAUAACAAUCUUGAUGAUUGGCACAACAUGAACAUCUCCUCAUAGAGAUGCAUUGAAUUGAAACUCCCUAAAUCCAUUCAUGGAGAUGGGUCAGGCGGGAAUUCCAUGGGGGACCGAGGAUUGCUGGAGAGCCAUACUAAAAAUAGUUACAGGUGCUCGAUGCUCGGGAGUUUAAGAUGGCCAAGCAUUGUUCUCGACACGUGUUCGUAUCUGGAAAUGGCGGCCAUCCAGGAGCACUCAAUCAGCUUGCGGUUUCAUGUAAUAACACAGGAUUCUAAGAUCUAAUUGCUACCCAGGGUGGUCCUUUGUUCGGUAAAAUAGCUAUUUUACCAAACAAGGGAUUCUAACAAAUAAAAGUACCGAACAACCCACAAUAAAAGAUAGUGGAUUCCACAAACAAAGUAGCAGGGAGGAAACGUACCGAAUACAGGAAGGGUGAUUCACAAGUGGGAUACCAAAGAACAAAUUGGAAAUGGCUGGUGUGUUUGUAGAAGGGGCUGUUUGUGAUGAAGUGUUUGUGUGUGUAAAAGGGUUGUGUGUGUGUAAAGGGGUCUGUUUGUGGUAUACUAUGUGUAGAUAGGGGUUGUAGUGUGUGUGCGCGUGCACAUGUGUACGGGCUGUAGAUAUUUUGUGUGUUCGGACAGGGGCUGUAGUGAGUGGAUCAUUCGGAUCCCUGGUGGUUCAGAGGGGUGAAUAUUGACUGGGUGCAGGGAAGGUCAUGACAUGAUAGGUAUCUCUCUUGUAGCUCCAGCACUUACACUUAGUGUCAGAGUGUUGCUAUGUGUUACCACUGAUUCAUCCAUCCAAAAACACCCAGAAAGAUCCAUCCAUACACACCAAGACAGUACCAUAUACUGCCAGGCCGUCUCAUAUACACCCAGAUUGACCGAGAAGCACACAGACUGACCAAUUUACACAAAAAACUGAUCCAUACACACACACACACACACACCCAUACACUGACACACCAAUACACUGACCCAUCCAUACACUCAUAGACUGCCCCACACAAACACAGACUUAAAGAAAUCUUCUAUAACACAAAAGCAUAAGGUGGAGCUAAUAAUACUUCCCUCUCUUAAUACAGCCAACAAUGCUGAAACAUAAAAAGAGGGAUAUACAAUAGUGCAGAUUAUCCUUAUUACAGCAUACACAGGGCCACCAUCAGAAAUUUUGGGGCCCCUAACACAGCUCAAGGUCUGGGCCCCCCUUCAAGCCCGCCCACAGAGCCCGCCUCCAAAUCCUGCCCAAAGGAAUACACACACACUAACAGAUACAAAUACUGAAACAGACAUACACACAUGCAUAGGGAGAUACUGACACACACACAUAUACACAUGCAGACAUACAUACUGACAAACAUAUAUACACAUACUGCAUACUGAUAUAUACACAGGGACGUAUUAGCCGCGAGGCAAACAAGGCAUUUGCCUUGGGCGGCAUUUUUCAGGGGGCGUCAAAAAACGCCGCCCCCCAAAUGCCCAGGGCAGAUGCCUUGUUAGCCUCGCGGCUAACUGACAUCCCGAGCGGGCGGGCGGCACUGGCAGGCGGGCGGCCGGCGAGGGAGCUCUUCCCAUGAGCUGAGUGCUCAGCUCCCUCGCGCGCCGCAGAGUGAGGCUGGGAGCCGGAAGAUGACGUCAUCUUCCGGUUCCCAGCCUCACUCUGCAGCCGACGCGCGAGGGAGCUGAGCAGUCAGCUCAUGGGAAGUGCUCCCUCGCCGGCCGCCCACCUGCAGCCACUGGACCACCAGGGAGAGAGACCCCCCCCCCAGCACUCCCAAAGGUAAGGAGGUUGGGGGGGGGGAUUUAAAUUAAAAAAAAAUUUAAUGUGUGUGUUUGUGUCUGACUGUGUGUGUGUUUGUGUCUGACUGUGUGUGUGUUGACUGACUGUUUGUGUCUGUGUAUGUGUCUGACUGUGUGUGUGUCUGUGUGUGUUUGUGUGUGUGUUUGUGUCUGACUGUGUGUGUCUGACUGUGUGUGUGUUUGUGUCUGACUGUGUAUGUGUGUGUGUGUCUGACUGUGUAUGUGUGUGUGUGUCUGACUGUGUAUGUGUGUGUGUUUGUGUCUGACUGUUUGUGUCUGUGUAUGUGUCUGACUGUGUGUGUGUGUUUGUGUAUGUGUCUGACUGUGUGUGUGUGUGUGUUUGUGUAUGUGUCUGACUGUGUGUGUGUGUUUGUGUCUGACUGUGUGUGUGUGUGUGUGUUUGUGUAUGUGUCUGACUGUGUGUGUAUUUAGAAGGUGGGGCGGGAGGAAGGGUUGGGUGGGGGUGGCGCGGGGGGGAGGGGGGUGCCUGAGUUUUGUCCUGCCUAGGGCAGCACAAAACCAGGAUACACCACUGUAUAUACAUAUAUGCAUACAUACAUACAGGCAUUCAUACAUACACAUACUGGCAUUAAUACAUACAGACACACACUGGUAUACAUACAUACACACACACACACUGGCAUACAUACAUACACUGGUAUACAUACACAGGCAUACAUACACACACACUGGUAUACAUACAUACACUGGCAUACAUACAUACAGACACACUGGCAGACAUACAGAUACACACACUGGUAUGCAUACAUACACUGGCAUACAUACAUACAUACACUGGUAUACAUACACUGGCAUGCAUACAUACACUGGAAUACAUACAUACACUGGCAUACACAUACUCACAUACAUAUAUACACACACACCUCAUUUUCAGCCUUACCAUUUCGUCGCAGGAGGGUGGCUGGGGAUGAUGUUGGUAAAAAAAAAGAUGCAACCAAUAUUUAGAGGGACCAAUAUUUUAAGGACACCACAACCGCUUUAUCUAAUUUAAACCUGGAAUACCCUGAUGUCAGUGUGCUUUUCAGUGUUAAACCAUUUUUGAUUGGUUGUACAAUGAACGAGGGUUCAUUGUACGAUUUCUCGCAGCGCUCUUGCUCGUUUUUGUGGGGAGUUCAGGCCCUUCGCGUUGAUCGUGUAGAGGUUAAUUCCUGUCCCCGCGCAUCCGGAGGCGUGGGGGGCGGUGGGCCCAUCGUAUCCGGGUAGCGGGGUAGGGGGGUGUGGAGAGGGGGAGGAUAGAGGGAAGAGGAGGGGGGGAUGGAAGGGGAGGUUAGACGGGCUUGGGGGGGUAGCUCAAGUGGUGUGGUGUGUGGCGGUUUUGUCGAGUCGCAGAGGCGACUGUUGUGAGGGGUAAUAUGCCACUGGUAGGUGGGUGUCCGGGGACCAUGUCCCUCGUGGCCACCUCACAGUCUCUUGGCAGUAAACCCGUGGGGCAGGUGGCAUCGAUGGUUAGGUAGGUCACCUACUUUGGGGUGUCGUUUGGUGACGGAUCACUUUCUGUCAGCAUCCGUCUCCUGCUGCCCAGUAGUGGUGGUGUCUGGCAUCCAGAGGGGAAGCACCGUUCUAGCGGGUCAGUUUACGAUGAGGUGAGUGGCCAUGAUGGUCGCCCCGUGGCGCUAUCCUGUUAUCGUUCAUUACGUAGUUGUGUCGGGAGCGUGCAUAAUAACAUAAGAACAGAAUUCGAGAGAACAACAUAGUAACAGCAUAUCAAAACAUGGUUACACAGGUUAUGUCCCCAGUAUCAGGGAGAACAUCAGAAACUUUUAUGAACAGUUAGAGAUAGUUUGAGCAUGUUCACACAGCACAGGGGGCCCCUCAUAAGAUAAAAUGAGGUUUGCGUCCUGUGGUGCGCUUCCACCCCACAUCUUUCAUAUAGCAAGAUAGGAGGAGGGGGACCGAAAGUUAGGGGGUACAGAAGGGAGAGAGAGGAAGAAAGAAAAAAGAAAAGAAAAAAAAAAAAAGGGUGGGGAAAAAAAAGGGUGGGGGAGGGUGGGGGGUAUUUAGUGAAGUCAGCGAACAAUUAUUGGUAGAAAACAAUACAUUUUGUUGGAACCAGUGAGUGUAGGUGCCGCCGUCGCCCCGUGGGAGCCCCUCGGGCACUCCCAGGGGGCGAGGCAAAGUUGCUCUCAGCUGUAAUUGGGGUGUUCACAACUGUAAGUCUGUUUGAGGAACACUAAGCAUUCAUCCUGCGGUAUUCAGUGGUUGGUGAGUGGUGUGUCCCCACCUUCUCAUGGUGUCUGGGGUGUGGUCUCAGAGGUGUGUGUGAUGUCGGGUUGCCUGUGUUGCAGGUAUGGUCUGUGUGUAAGGCUGCGGUUUGGGUAGGUAGUGAGGGUGUCUGGGUUCAUCUUGAAUGUAUUUGGGGAGUUCCCUUCUAGUCGUAGUGGAUGUGUGUGUGUGUGUAUGUGUGUUUGUGGGUGGAUGGUAGUGUACAGGUGUGUAAGGACUGCGAGCCCCAAUGGUAUACUUGCUCUUGCGAUUCGUUCUACGGUGUUGGAAGCCUUCGCAAGCAGUCCAGGGUGAUGCCGGGGUGUCAGUUCAAGGCUUCGUACCAGCAGUCGUCUCCAUAGGGGGAUUGGGGCAUGGCGGGUGGGGGUCUGUGUCUCGCAUUGUAAGGCAAGGGAAUCUUAUGUGGAGCUGGCCAAGGUAUGGGUGCACUGGCGGGUCCUUUGGGGAUGUCUCUGUUGAGGUGGCAGUGGUGUCGGUGGCGUUGAGCAAGUCAUGGACUCAGGGGGCAAUAGAUGUUGACUUAGUUAGCUGAUGAAGCAAGGUGGUUCCAGGUCUUUGGGUCGGUAAGAUGUGGGUGGAUGUCCGUUCUUGGUGUUGUGGGUUGCAACCGCUUUCUCCCUUUGCUUUCCUGGUUGCAGGGUGAGAGGAAAAACAACAAAAAAAAAAAAAACACACCACCCCCCACAGCGUGGUUAUGACAGCGUUGCAUAAUCGUGUUCAGGCUGGUGUUGCAGGGUGGGUGGCGGGGGUAGGCAGGUGGUGGUGUCUCCAUCUCUCUAUUCCUCUGGGUCAAUUAGUCGGUGAUGGGUGCGCGGGGCGUCUCUGUCAUGGCCCCUGUUGGAUGGUACGUUGUGUUGGCUCCCUGUGAGGCGUUCAUUAAGCAGGCAUGCAGUCCAGUCCGGAAUAGGAGUGCGGGGGAGGUUUAGAGCCUCCUGGAAGGCCAGUACAUCUUGCGGUGUUCGGAUUACGGCUUCCGUGGUGCCCUGUCUGGCUGAGAGGGCAAAAGGGAACUGCCAUCUGUAGCGGAUUUGGGCUUCUUGCAGGGCGGCGGUGAGGGGCCGCAAGGCUCUUCGGGCCUGCAGGGUGAGGUGGGAUAGGUCAUUGUAAAGCUCUAUAGCCUGUCCCUCAAUUCUCCAGGUUCUUUCUGUGCGUGCUUUUCUCAUAAUUUCUUCCUUUAGUUGGAAGUCUUGUAUGUGGCAAAUUAAAUCCCUGGGGGGAGCACCUGGGGGGGCUUGGGUCUCAGUGCCCUGUCCAUGUGGAUGCGGGCGUCCCUGGGCCUGCCCAGUAUGCGGUUAAAAAUAGGGGUCAGCGUGGCCCUGGCAUCCUCUGGUGUGUCAGAUUCUCUGCAGCCCCUUACCCUGAUGUUAUGUCUGCGGCUGCGGUUAUCGAGAUCCUCUAUGUGGAGGCGCAGAUCUUGUAUGUGCCUGGAGUGGGCCUCUGUGGCUUGUAAAGCAGGGCAGUGUGAGUUGGGGCCCUGUGACUCUAGGGCCUGUACUCUUGUCUCAAGCGCUGUGAGUGAGGUGCCCAGGGCUGAGAUCUCUGUGUGUAGUGUGGCUUUUACCUCAUCUAGCAGUGACUGGAAGUCCUCCUUUUUCGGCAGGGAU